CAUUAUCCAAAUGCAGUUGGUUAGCUAGUAGCUACGUUCUCUCUGUCAACAGGUUUUUCAGGUUCUUUUUUAAGUCCUUAUUGUGUUACUCUUGAUUCCACAGCCAUGCUUGACAGCGUUUGAUAAUUUAGCUAAAUUGUAAGUGGAACUUUCAACGAGUAGCAGCAGAAAAUAAAUACUAGUCGCGUGCUGAUGACGUUGGAGAAACUGUAUAAAACAGAGUCUCCUCGACGAAUCACGCCACUGGAAAAUUACAACGAGGCCACAAAAAGCCCCUUUACUAAUUUGCCAACAGCCACCAUUUUGGGAGUCAGAAUUGUAUUGGAAAACCACCACCCUUUGGGCCUUAUUAUGGUACACACGUGCGUGGUGGCUGGCUGUCGGAAUAGGAGAAUACCAGGCACAUCAUUGUCUUUUUACCGUUUCCCACGCGAUCCCGACAGAAAGCAGCGUUGGAUAGCUGCUGUGAACCGAGAAGGCUGGCUGCCAAACGACGGGAGCAGGUUGUGUAGUACUCAUUUCAUCUCAGGUAAACAGGUGAAGAAUCCACGCUCGCCGGACUAUGUUCCCUCUGUAUUUACAUCAGCUCCCCUAUCCCCGGAGUCAGAAAUUAAGGAAGAGACUGCUGCCUUUGAAAUCUCAGACAAGCAGGAAGCCCAAGUGGAGGCUGCCAACGCCUUGCUCUUCCUGCAGGGCCAGGGCAGGUCUGUGGUCUACCAGAGGCCGAGCCAGGUGGACCAUGACGUGGCCCAGAGUGCAUCCUCAUCCUCUACCAGUGACAAUGGUGAUGAAUCUGAACCGGUGUCAAGCGACAGCAAAGACAGGGGAGGGAAGCCCGGCAAAAGGUCAGCCGCAGAGCCCGACAACUAUGAGGAUGUGCUGAAGAUCUUGAAGAAGGAGAACCGGGCUCUCCGGGAGUCUGUGGAUAAAAUGUCACUCUCAGAGACCUCAUUCCGGAAUGACCCAGAGAAGGUCAGGUUUUACACUGGCUUGCCCAACUACUUUGUAUUUGAGACAGUCAUGUGGCUCCUCGCACCACACAUGAACGGGACCAAGAACAUGGUCAAGCUCUCCAUGUUUCAGCAGCUGCUGCUGACACUAAUGCGUCUCCGGCUUGACCUCAAGAACCAGGACUUGGCCUACCGCUUCGGCGUGAAGGUUGGCACAGUGACCAGGACAGUGCUCAGAAUGGUUAACGUCAUGUCCACCACGCUGGUACCCACGGCUGUCUUCUGGCCCUCCAGGGCUGAGCUCCGCAAGAACCUCCCGGCAGCUCUCCACUCGACGUACCCUGACUGUGCCGUGAUCAUAGACUGCUUCAGGGUGACCCUGGAGAAACCCGGGUCAGAAGUAAACUUGUUGUGUCAGGGGGCGUCAGCAGGGAGCAACACUCUGAAAUACAUGAUAGGCAUGGCCCCGCAGGGCGUGGUCACUUUCGUCUCCAGGGGGUCGCCGGGGAGUGUCAGCGACAAGAGCCUGGCAGAGGGGUGUGGCUUCCUGGACAAGCUCCUUCCAGGAGACGUGGUCCUGGCCGAUAAGGAUUUGGACAUUGGUGAGUCGGUGGCGGCACAUGGUGCCCUGCUGAAAAUCACUGGCUGCGAUGGCGGAGAGGGUUCUGAAGGGAGCGAAGAUGUCUCGCUGACAGACAUUUCCCCAGAGAGGCUGAGUGUGCGGAGGCAUGUGGAGAGGGUUGUGUCCAUGGUGAAACUAAGGUACUCCAUGCUGACUGGUCCAGUGGAGGUCCCCUUCACGGCCGCUGAGCGGUCAUCCAACAUUUUCACUUUUGAUAAGAUUGUGCAGGUUGCCUGUGCCUUAAACAACCUGUGUAUAUCUGCUGCACCCCUAGAGUGACUCACACUAGUGCUGCUCCAUACGAGCAUUGAUAGCCACUUUAAUGCUUGAACACUUAAAGAAUCUAUAUUUUGGAUGUAAAUGGCAUGUUGAGAAGUGCCCAGACACAUUUCUUGCAAAACGUACCCCAACCAGCGAUAGACGUUCUCAUGCUCAUUCUGCAGUGCCAGUGCGUGAAAAGAAAACAUGAACAAAAGCCCCAAAAUCACCCAAAUAUGUCCUUUUACUUGUAAUUUAUGUACUUCAGAACUUUAUCCGCAACGUUUAAUUCCGUUUUGUACGGCACAAGAGAUACUUCUGUGUGUGCAUGUGAUGGCUAACAUGGAGCAGCCAGAUGGAUAGGUUUACCACAUCCUAUGGAAUACAACGUUGUGGUUCAAGUUUGAAAUGACACAAUUGCAUGUGUACAACAUCUAAAGACCUGCAUCUGAAUGCAUUUGUUGCUUUUAUCCACACACUGGCACUGCAGAACGAAUAUGAGGUAGGUUAUCACUGGUUGGGGUAAGGUCCUCAAAAACAAGUGUCUGGGCAUUUGGCCAAAUGCAUCCAAAAUAUAGAUUUAGUUUAAAAAAAGUGAACUUUUUCUUCAAACAUCCUAGCUCCAUUCUACAAUUCCACUCGUAGAUGCUGAAGAGGGGAACUUUUUAUUUGUAUUUUUUUCAACAGAUAACUUUCAGAGGGAUAUUUGAUGGAUCCAUUUAUCACAAUAUUUUCACUGUAUUACUAUUUUUGCCCCUCUGGAUGUAACUGAGUGAGAAUUUGAAUUACUGAGAUCAUCAGCAUUUUUAAAAUGUGGAUAUAUUUCAGAAGGACAUUCCAACAGUUUCAAGUAUUCUAUGAUUGAAUGUACAUUGUGGUUUUCGACCAUUACUUGGUUCUCAGAGACAUUUGCGUGACUUACAAUGGAUCUAACAGUAGCCUACCGUUUUCCUCAGGUGUUAGUGCUUUAGUUUGAAAUGCUGGUACUGCUGUAACAAAACAUAUGUUUUUACAUGACACAAUGCCUUCCAUGUCAUAUGAAUAACCACGUUUCCAUCCACAGUUUUUAUGAGAGUAAAGUCAUACUGUCUAAAAAAAGUAAUGGCAGUUUUGAUGGAAACGGGUAGUUUCGGUACAAUUUUAUAAAUGCUGACAGAUAAUUUGUUAGUUCGACAUGGUGGGAUCUUUUAGUGUCGGUAAAAUUAAUUAUGUGACAAAUGGCGGCGGAAACGCCUUUAUGCUCAAAUAUUGAUAUAAUAAAUAUCAAAUUGAAGUAAAUUUGGAGUCACGUGGUGAAAUGGUGUGUGGUCCUCCCACUACGAUUCGGGAAACCAUGCCGUUUAUUAGGAUACAGAUUAAAUAAAUUAUUAACUUCACAGGGUAGUGGAAGUGCACUGUGAUCUUGAUGCUCCUUUCCAAUAAAUAUCGAGUCUUAUUCUGGUGACAUGAUAAUCGAUGCUUGACUGCCGUUUGACAAAUAUAUUUUUCUCGCUCUUAUCCUUAAUAAUCUCAUCACAGCCUACCCACACUUUAUCUGCGAGCUGUUGUCUAGAGCGCACGUGUCAAGGCCAGAAUAGGCACAUUUGCUAUUUAAAGCACACAACUUUUGCCAGAGUUGACAAUGCGAUGGAAACAUAUUGAACUUUAGAUUUGUAUUCAGUACAUGAAAACAUAAGCGAAAAAGUACAUUUUGUGUGUACAUCACGCACUGAUUUUUAUCCGAAAAAAGUAAAUUUGGUGGGAAAAUUUGUAUAUUUUAGUUAUGCAGAUUCUAGAGUAUUCGUAUGAAAAUCUGUCGCCAAUUGGAUAGAAAUAUAGAUAAUGUCAAUAACUGUCCUCAAAAAGCACUAAUGUAGGCUAAAACUUUUUGUCACUUUUAUGUUGUGGUUUAUGCAUUCUCUGAGCAUGAGUUAAGUGUGUUUCUUCUUUUUUCACGUCCGGUUUGUUCAUGUUAAUAGUGCUGACGGAUGUCAGUCUGCAAGGACAGUCUGUGUAUGAUCUUUGGUUCUGUUGAUUGAGAGGUGCUGGGAAUUUAAUGAUGCAGUUUAGGUGCCUCUUUGUAGAAUCUGAGAGUUAAAUACUUUUUCACUUCUAUCUAACAUGUAGGCUCAGCAUUCCCGAACAGUCCCAUUACAUCAGAAUGUUGAACAAACUUAAUUUAAAUUUACUUUACGUGUGUCUAAGGUAAUCUGAUACAAAAUCCAGAGGGAAGUGUUAUAAACCCGACCUUCAGUACGCUGGUCUGUAUAUCGUUUGAAUUUUUAAUACCGAUGCAAUUCGCAUGUGACAAACGUUUGGACAAUAUGGUGGCGAACACUUACCGCAGAUUGCGAAGAAACGUGCUUCGGACUCCUACAUUUGGUUACAGUAGGCUAUUGUUUACAUAUUGUGCAUCACAUGCAAUGCGUCAAGAGAGAGAAAAUAAUAAAAAGUCGCGUAAAUAACACUACUGUGGAUACCCUACCACCACCUCUCUGACUCCCAAAAUACGCUAAAACGGAUGCGCGCACAUACACCACCUCAUUGCGGAGUCCUACUAGGAAGACUACAUUUUUAUUUAUUUUACCUUUUAUUUAACCAGGUAGGCAAGUUGAGAAC